UUGAUUUGCUUGUAGUAUUGUUAAGAAGUGUUUGGUUUUAAAGUUAAAUUAAAAACAUCAGUUACGUCAUCGACCAAUUAAAUUGAGAUCUUACUGUCGAAACGCAUGUUUCACCAAAGUCGGAUUUCUAAUGUAUUUUAAAAUCCAUCUGUUGUGGGGGUGUCUCAACUAAAUGGUUCAAAAUUCUUGCACUCCAUUUAUUCAAAGUACAGUGUACCUGGACAAACACUGUUAAAUGGAAGGUGAUCAAUUGGAUUUUGAAGACCCGUCUACAUCGUGCCUUAAAAAGACUGAUUUUACCAGCCAAAGUCUGACUAUGUGUCCAGUAGUAUUGGAGACAGCAGAACAAGAAUUGAUAGCAGAAGAGUCUGCACCAACCACAGAUUCAGAUGAACUUGGAGUAGCUAAUAUUGAAAUGAAAGAUGUAUAUAAUAUGGAUUUAGUUGAUAGUACAUGUACAGAACAGGAUAUUUACUCUGAUGAGAGUCCUUUACCCGGUGAUUGGGGGGUUAAUGAUGAUUGGAUGGAUAAUCCUAGUGAACAAGAAGAUGCUUCUAAUGCUAAUGCUAUUUUGCGAAAAAGAAAAAUAUCAAAUUCCACAUUCACGUCUGAAGAUUUUCCGUCCAAAAAACAAUAUUAUGAUCAAAACAAUUUGAAUCUUGAAAGACUGACACCUAAAUUAGCUGAAAAUGAAUUAGAUAAAAUAGAUAAAAUAAAGAUUCGUCGAAGUUGUAUACCGUCCAAAGAUGAUCCUCCUGAAGAAAUGAUGGAAUGGUUAAAAACUUUUACGAAAUGGUCAAACGCUGAAAGGAUGUUAGCUAUUGAUAUGUUAGUAGAUGAAUGUGAACCUACUCAAGUUCGUCAUAUGCUACAGCUUAUUGAACCACAAUUUCAACGAGACUUUAUUUCUCUACUUCCUAAAGAAUUGGCCUUAUAUGUUUUAUCAUAUUUGGAACCCAAAGAUUUGUUAAAAGCAGCUCAAACAUGUCAUAGUUGGCGAUUUUUAUCUGAAGACAACUUAUUAUGGCGUGAAAAGUGCCUAAACGCUAAUAUACCUUUGACGGAUCCGUUUACUAUUAAGUGUUCAAAAAAUCACAGUGUUACCUCACCAUGGAAGUCUUCAUACAUGAGACACCAUGCAAUUGAAAUGAAUUGGAGAAUAAAACCAAUUAAAAUGCCAAUAAUACUCAAAGGCCAUGAUGAUCAUGUAAUCACAUGUUUACAAUUUUGUGGAAACCAAGUUGUCAGUGGUUCUGAUGACAAUACGCUUAAAGUUUGGUCAGUUAUAACGGGAAAAUGUUUGCGUACAUUGGUUGGACAUACUGGAGGUGUAUGGUCAUCACAAAUGGCUGGUAAUGUUAUAAUUAGUGGUUCCACUGAUCGUACUCUUAAAGUAUGGAAUGCAGAAACUGGUCAAUGUACACAUACAUUGUAUGGUCACACUUCAACAGUUCGUUGUAUGCAUUUGCACGAAAAUAAAGUUGUAAGUGGUUCAAGGGAUGCAUCACUCAGGUUGUGGGAUAUAAAAACUGGUCAGUGCUUAUCUAUAUUCCUUGGUCAUCAGGCUGCUGUGCGUUGUGUCCAAUAUGAUGGCCGAUUAAUAGUUAGUGGUGCUUAUGACUACCUAGUUAAAGUAUGGGAUGCAGAAAGUGAAAUCUGUUUACAUACAUUAUCUGGUCACACUAAUCGUGUAUAUUCUUUACAAUUUGAUAGUAUUCAUGUUGUAAGUGGAUCUUUAGACACUAGCAUAAGAGUGUGGGAUGUAGAGACUGGUACCUGUAAGCACACUUUAAUGGGACAUCAAUCUUUAACUUCUGGUAUGGAAUUAAGAGAUAAUAUAUUAGUGUCUGGAAAUGCAGAUUCAACAGUCAAAGUAUGGGAUAUACUUACUGGACAAUGCUUACAGACUUUAUCAGGUCCAAACAAACAUAAUUCUGCAGUUACAUGUUUACAAUUUAAUACCAGAUUUGUGGUAACUUCUUCUGAUGAUGGAACUGUUAAAUUAUGGGAUGUAAAAACUGGCGAAUUUAUUAGAAAUCUAAUAGCACUAGAAAGUGGUGGAAGUGGUGGUGUUGUAUGGCGAAUUCGUGCAAAUGAAACAAAGUUGGUAUGUGCGGUUGGCAGCCGCAAUGGCACUGAAGAAACCAAAUUAUUUGUAUUGGAUUUUGACGCUGACUACAAGUAACAUCGAAUAACAAAUUUGGUAGUUUGCAUCACACUUUUUUUUUUGUGGUUUAAGGAGAGUUACGAAUAUUUGGGACUGUUAACUUAGGUUUAAAAAUGUCCCUUAUAUAUUAUCAGUUAUCACAUUUUACCGUUUUCAUAAUGUUUCAGUAUUAUGUUUUUUAUUAUUAUUAUUAUUAUUUAUAAAGGAGGGGAAUUAAAGUAAAGUGGUAUCGCAACCUUCUGGAUGAUCUAGAAAGAUACAUGGCGUGUUUGUGAUUUAUAGCGUAUUAAAACGAAGUUAUAGAUUAAUUUACAUAUUAUUUUCUAGUCUUUGAAGCUAUAAUAAUCAUAAUUUGAUAUUCUUUAAGCCAAUUAAAGUGGUUGUUCUUUUUAUUAUUCCCAGUAUACUAUUUAACAUGAUAUUUGAGAAAUAAUUAAGAUACAAAUUAUUGAAUAAUUUAAUAAUAUUUAGUGUAAAUGAAUAAUAAAACUUAACUAAAUAUUACUUAACUUGAAUAGAUCAUACAUUUGCAAAUUACAAACUUCUACCAGAAAGUUGUUUUCUAAUAAAAUUGUUAGUUUUUAAGUUUAAUUCAUUCUUUUUGGUUAAGAAACAAAUGUAAAUGAUAACUUAUAAAAAACUUAUAUGUCAGAAGCUUUAACUAGAAACAUUUCAUAAAUUCAAAGACUUAACUUUUACUUCUUUGCAAAAGUUUUUAAAAUUUUGUUCUUUGAUUUUCCUUAUUAUUAUUAUUAUUAUAAAUUUUGUUAUUAUUAUAAAGUAUUGGUAUAUUUUUAACUUGCCAUAAGUGUUAAGUUGUGAGGAGGAGGAGAGUUUGAAUUCCAAGAUUUUGAUUUUCUUGACAUAUUUUCUAUUUUCUUCUUCCUGAUCUCAAAAAAAAAAAAUAAAACUAAAUUAUAAUCUAUUAUAUUCUGUAUAAUCCUUUUCUAUCAAUUUAUUUAUUUAUUUUUAUUAUUGUCGUAUAUCUAUAUUAUGUUCUUCAAAUUUUAAUUGUCCAGCUAUGAUAAAAAAAAGCUCUAAUGAUAGCUUUUUUUUUAUUUUUUUUGUAAAUUUUACUAAUACAAUGUAUGUAGAGUGAUUCACCAAGCAUGCUCACCAAUCUUACAAUUAUUUAUUAAUUUCCUUGUUAAUAAAGAGAAGAAUAAUUUUAAUUGAUCUUUUUUAUCAAAUUUUAUGACUUAAAUGAUAUAAAAAUAUCUCUUUUAAAAAAAGUGUAUGUAUAAUAUUAGAAAAUUCCCCAAGCAUAAUUAAGGUAAACGCGUAAAUUCAAAGACUAUUCUAUCCUUAAUCUUAACAUAUUUUAGAAUAUUAAUAAUUUAUGUCAUUUCAGUUACACUUUUUGUAACGAUUGUAUUGCAUCUUUUAUUUACUGAUGGAGAAUGCAGUGAAUACAUAGUAUUUCAGCUAUAUAGCUGCCUUUUCAUUAGUAAAUACUGUGGCUAUCUUUUUGUUAGCAGUUGCAGUACUAACUAACCCAGAGCAUGUUCAUUUAAUGCAAUUCGGCAAUAAUUUAUUGUAUUAAUAUUUGUUUAUACCAGGUAUCAGUGUACAAUAAUUUAUAAAUGAGCAUUCCCAUGCUUCAGAGUCAAAAUAAGUCACUAGUGUUUAUAUGAUAUACCUAACUAUAUUUAUCAUAAAUAUUAUAUAUAAUAUUUUUGAAAAAUUCACUAGUCUUUUUUUUAUUAUUGUUGGACAACUUUAAAUUUACAAUUUUAAAAUUAUUAUUUGUUUAUCAGUUAUAAUUAAAAACAAUGGUUCAAAUCUAUGAUUUAAAAUUUAAUAUUUAAUUUUGGAUAUUUGGAGGUAAAUUAUGUCUGAAUUGGUGAGUUUUAAUAUUUUGUAUCAAAACAAAAAACUUGUUUAUAAGAAUUGAUUGUACAAUUUCAUUAAUAACGAGUUAUAGUAUGGAUACUAAAUAAUAGUUACCAAUUCAAUUGUUAAAUUGAUUAAUACAAAUAGUGGUCUUCAUUGUUGUUUUUUUACUUGGUCACAAUUGUGAUAAGUUGUAAAAAUUUAAAAACUAAUAAAAAUACUUUUCAGAAGUAUUAACACUGCCGAAAUAGUGUAAAUAUCUAAAUUAUAAAGUCACAGAUCUUACAUAAUAGAUCAUUUUAAAAAAAUUUAUGGAAACAAAAAUAUUUGUCAUCAAGCAUAUUGUAUAUUAUAAUUUUCUUUGAUCUGUCAUUGUCAUUGUAAAACAAAAAAUUGCUGGACUUGUUUAAUUAUGACUAAUAUAAGAGUUAAUAAAGAACAAUUGUUUUAGCCAUUUGAUUUAAUUAAAUUUAAACUUUUAAAAGAUCUCAAUUGAUUGUGAAUGUUUCCAAAAAUAAUGCAUACUAUUCAAAGAAUAAUUUGACAUUAUUCUUAGAAAAGCAAACUAGUGAUUUUAUAUUAUGUCAUCAACUAACAUAAAAUUAAAUAUGAUUAAAGUAUAAUUAGGACAUUUUUGUACGCGGGAGAAGGGAACUUAAGAAAAUGAAGGGCGACUUAAGUGCAAUAAAAUUGUUUUCUUAAAUGAAUAUUUAAUAAUAUUGCUUUGAAUGUAAAUAUGUAUCUUUAUUUUAUAAUAAUUAUUAUUAAAAUAAUUUAAGGAUUAAAUUUGUUGAUUAUUAAUUAGACCAUUAAUUAUUUUCAUUUAGAAAAUAAUUAAGAACUUAUUAAUUAUAAUGCUCAAUGUUGAUAGGAUGUAAAUAUUACAUUAGUAAUAAUAUUAAUUAACUAUCAUGUCAUUGAUGAUUAUUUAAAAUGAACAAAAUUACCAUAUUUUGUUUUGUAAGUGCCAAAAACUAGACUAUUUUGUGGUUAAUUUAUGUAACUAUCCCAUGUAAUAAUUACAAUAAUAUUGUAUCCACCUAACACAUUCGUAGUUGCCAAUUGCAAUUUUUUAAUUAUUAUAAUUUUUAUUUUAUUUUUUGGUAAAAACAUGUUCACUUCUUUACGUCUUAUUAAAAAAUUUCUAUAACAUUAAAAAUUGAUGUCUGGUUUUAAAAAUUGUUCUUACCAGAUAUUAGUAUUACUAUUCUAUUGACCAAUGCAUUACCAAUAAAAUAGUAUCAAUUUAACUCUAUUUUAUAUUUAUUAUUUUUGAAACUGACAAAUAAUAAAUGCAUAUUUAUUUUUUUAUUUAUGUAAAUUAUAUUUGAUGAAUGAAUUAUUGAUUUUGUUGUUGCGACUGUAUUAGGUACAUAAACAAUAAAUAUAGUAGUUCAACUAUAUACUAAACAUAGUAAAAUUAUUUUUAAGACCUGUGAUUUAUUAAUUAACUUCUUUCUUCUUUCGUUAUAUUGUAACAUUAACCACAAAACUAUAUUUUUUAGUUUUAUAUUUUGUUUGUGAAUAUAUUAUUAUUAAAUUUAAGUAACUUUAUACCAAUAGAUAUUUGUAAUGAAUAGUAAAUUAUUUUAAGUUACAACUAAUGUUUAAGUAAUUCUGUUGUUAUUUAUUUUUCUCUUGUUUAUAGACGUAUAUAAAAUUGUAUGAUUUGCGUAUAAAAGUAAUAAAAAUGUUUAUAUGAAAAAA